CCUGCCUGAAAGUAGGGUGUACUGUCGCAAACGUCUGUUGACUGUCGUGAAAAAGGUGCCACUUAGCCAAAUUGAGCUUUUGGCUAGCGAGCUUGUUUUUGACGUUGUGACAUGGCCUCUGCCCCAGCACAACAGCCCACCCUGACUGUGGAGCAGACUAGAGUGGUGCUCGGUGAGGUGAUCCAGGCCUUCGCGGUCCCAGAGAACGCGAUGAGGAUGGAGGAGGCCAGAGAGAGCGCCUGCAACGACAUGGGCAAGAUGCUGCAGCUGGUGCUCCCCGUGGCCACUCAGAUUCAACAGGAAGUCAUCAAAGCUUACGGAUUCAACAAUGAAGGAGAAGGUGUGCUCAAAUUUGCCAGAUUAGUGAAGAUGUAUGAAACCCAAGACCCAGAAAUAGCGGCCAUGUCAGCAAAGCUCAAGUCUCUCCUCCUGCCCCCGUUGUCAACACCGCCUAUAGGUGGCACCAUUCCGGCCUCAUAAGAACAAACCAAGUGCCUGUAUCAAGUGAAGAUUGUUCACAAUAUCACCUUAAACGUCAUUCCGUAUUUGCAUUCAGCGACGUGAGUUUAGUGGGUGGAGCGGAAAGCCGUGCUUGCCUGUUCAGCGAAGGUGUCUCUCUCUUACAGCGGCUGUAUCACCAUGGUAACUUAGGCUAAACUCAUAACCCGGGGCCUCAUCUGUGAAACCGGAUAGAAAUCUGCGUACGGACAAAAAUAUUCAGGUCUACAAAAAAAUGGCAUAUGCAGAUAUUUACUUUGCUUCCUGUCCAUAUGUGCUUUCAUAAUCUGUUUCCUGUAAAUUCCAUCCAUCCAUCUAUGCUGCUAACUCCUAGAAUGAAUGCAAUGACUGCUUCCAUUGCAUGUUUAUUUCUCAUUUCACUUCACCGCUUCAAACAUGCAUCACCUUUUUUGCCAUGUCUCCAAAAAGUUUUAUAAAUGAGGCUCCUGGUCCCUACCUUUUGUGUCCUUACCUGAAAAUAUCAACAUUGAAGUCAUUUAAUGUGCUAAAAAAUGCUAAAUUAUUGUUUUGUUGUAAUGACAUAAGCAUGGAUUUGUGGUUGUAUUUAUCUACAUUGCUGAAACAUUUCCAUUAACCCAAUUUUCACAUUAUUUUAUAUAUGAUAUGUUAAUAAAUGUUUUAUAUUCUG